ACUCGAUCGGGCUCGGCUAAACAAAAGUUCGCAGUGUUUUUCGCGAAAAUCCGAAGUGAAACUAGUACAAAUUUGUUUAGCUUUGUGCAGCGCGCGUGGAUAAAGUGAAAUUCUUCCGGCAAAAGUGGUAUUUAGCGGUGAAAAUCAACCCGGAAGAUAUUGCUCCGCGGCUGGUGAUGGACAUCUUUCUCUUCGUGUUCUGUAUGAGGUAUUCCGUGUGAGAACAAGCAGCAGCGCGUUUUGAACUUCAAAGUGAGUGCGAACGAGACGACCGAUAGUGAAAGUUGCCGGGAGUAAGCAGGACAAGGCUGAAUCGAAGAAACUGAAAAAUUAUACAGCGUUAUACCGGAGGAAAAAUGGAUGCGGAGUCGAAUUUGACGGAAAAAUCGCCUGUUUCCUCCAACAGUGCUCCUCCUCCAACUGAACCGAUGGAUCCAGCUGUCCUGAAGGAAAAAGUCGCCGAUGAGCUCAAGUCGGCCGCUACGUUGAAGGGUGGCGGAGACGGCGUUGCACCGUCUACCGAUUCCAUUCCGCUCGAAAAAGAUGAUCUGCUGGAAAGGCUGGAUAAAAUAGACACCGGCAACUCGGAAACUGCCAAAACUACCACCGCAACCGGUGGAAGUAACUCGGAUAACGAUGUCGACAUGGAAAAUGAUGAUCUGAUUCAACGAUUGGAAGCAAUCGAAAAAGGAGAAGAGCAAAGCUCUGCGACUGCUUCUUCCGAAUGCAAGGAGAAAAAAGAAGAUCCUACCCCGUCGGUAGAUGUGAACCACCAAAACGGACUGGAAGCCACUAGUGAAGCAGAUUCCGUAGUGAGCGAUGACAAGAAUGAACCAGAAAGCAUGGAAGUUGACGGUGCUGCAGUUAAGAAAAAUGACGAUGCUGUUACUACAGUCGAAGAAACACCAAAUGGUGAUUCAGGUGAACCAUCGCAUUCUGCGAAACGCCGCCAUUCGGAAGAUGACGAGGCCCUUGAACGUUGUAGCAAAAAAAUUCACGUCGAAGAAGAAGAGGUUGCUGUAGAUAAACCGGCGGAGAAUACUGAACCUGAACAACAUAAUGAACCGAAGGUUGAAGAGUUGCCGAAAUGUGCCGCGUUGGAGGAAAAGGUCGUCGAAACUCAAAAAGUUGAAGAAACUAACGAAAAAACCAGCACCCCUGAAGUAUCAGUGACAGCUGUUGAUGAUAAACCGAAUCAGGAAGAAGCAGCGCCGCCUAAAAACGAGUCUGAUCUUCCUUCGGGUUCGGAUAAGGAAAAAACGGAAACUCCUGCCACGGCUGUUGCAACUGAACUAAUUGAAAACGAAAAAGAAGAACAUGACAAGGUGGAUUCGCUAGCCACACCUGCGCUUGAAUCCGAGACCAACAGUGACGAGGAUAAACUACUGGAAAGUGAUUCUAAAUCAACGGAAUCCGACGAUGUUGAACCAUCAACUGAAUCUGGUAAACCGGUCGAUGCAAUCGUUGAUGAGGAGAAACUGUUGUCCGAAGAGGCACAAGCCGUGGAGGAGCAGCAAUCCGAGCCAACCGACUCAACAGGUGAAAAGCCAUCGGUUGAAACUAAGACGGAUGAGGUAGAUGGAAAAUCUAAAGAAGCUGUCGAAGAGCCCCUGCCGACGCAAAUGGACAAGGACGUUCGGGAAUCGACGGACCCAAUCGUCACCCAGGAAGAAAAGAAAUCCGAAGAUGAGGUUACUGUUGAGCCCACAACUUCCAAGCCGGAGGAAGAUGUUCCUAAAUCCAUCGAAACAACUGAAAGCUCACCGGAACAGACGAGCGACGAUCUUCCACAAAGUGAGGCUCAAUCCAAACCGGAGCCGUUGUCGGACAGUGAAGCCAACAGAGCCACAGAGUCCUCUGUCGAAGACCAACCGACUAGUUCUCUGUCAGUGCCAGAAGGAAAUAAAAACGAAGACAGAAUUAGUUCUUCUUCAGAGCCAAAAGAAGUCGCUGCACCCAACUCAUCAGAGGCCAUGGAAAAGUCACCUGAACCCGAUGCAGUCACAAGUUCUGACGAAAGACCAUCGGUAGAGUCGCACGCUGACGUUCCCGUUGAAUCGGUUCCAGACGAAGCAACCGUGGCGGCCAAAUCCGAUGAAGCAAUGGAAGUAGAUGCUGAACCUAACGAUGAACCUGCGAAAGCAGAAGUUGUCGAGCCAGUCUGUGAAAAGAAGGAAAUCUAUGAGUGUACUGAUGAGGAAAAGGAAGUAAGCAAAUCAACGUCCGAAACAGAAUCAGCAUCUACUUCCACUUCCAAACCAGUUCCAGCCGAGCUUGCCCCUGAGGAGGAAGCAAUGGAAGUUGAUUCAGCUGCAGUUGAGCCGACCCAAAGCAAAUCUAGUGACGGUGAUGUAACGGAAAGCCUAAAUACAACUGGCGAGGAGCUGAUGGAAACGCUUACCAAAUCAGACGAUACUGCCACCGAUGCCGACAGUCAGACCGAGGUUACGGGUUCGGCGCAUAACAAAAACCUCGAUUCAACCGAUGGACCCGAGAGUGUAUCUAAAGUGGAAACAUCAAAAACUUUGGACGAUAGCAUCGAAUGCUCUCUACCGACGUCCAGCUCGGAUAAGCUAGCGAAUCGGUUAAAGCAGCGGCUGGAUUUGAUUUCCAACGGAAGCAGUACCCCGAAUACGGCGGUCAGCUCUAGCAACGUGUAUAAUUCCACACCGAUUCAGAAGCAGUUCGAGGUCAGUUCGGAAGAUGUAAGCAAAAUCACGCGGCCCUCGGUGGAUAACAGCCGGCAGGAUGAGUCCCACGAGCAUAGCGCAAUCGUCGCCGAUAAUUCCACCGUGGACGAAAAAGAUGCAACCGUAGCAUCCACCUCGGGAGUGCCCGGAUCUUCCGAAAUGGAAAAACAAUUACCGAUAGCGAGUGAGGAAACAACAACGGCGGUAUCGGUCAAUAUAACUGAGAGUAGCUUGAAAACGGAAUCAUCGGAGGUGGAUUCUUGCACAGCUUCGUCCGGUUUAAGCACCGCCGAGGAGAUCAAUCUGUACGCUAGUAAUGCUAGAAAAUUCAACGGAAUAUCUUCGACGUCUGAAUUGGAUGAAAAACCCGCCCCUGCACCGGCAGACAUUACCACAGCGGAUACCGCAGCUGCCACGACAUCCUCCACGGUCAACAAACUGGAGCUAUCCACCGCACUAACAUCCGAAGAGGCCACCUACGAAGUCAAUAUAUGGUACGACGGAAAAGAACUCCAGUUUCUUUCGGUUGAAAAAUUGGAGCAUAAACUAUCAUCAACGGGAUCAGCUGGGGCGAUAUCCACUCAAGAUUUGACCAGCAACGAUUCAUCAAAACAGUCCUCCAAUGGUAGCGUUGGCAGUCUUGGUCCGUUCUCUCUCCCUCCUCCACGUCCUGCUGCCGACUCGGUUCUGUCGCAUUCCAGUACAACUGAAAGCUCUUCCGGCGGAACUGGUCAGCUAAAAGACGCGUUCGUCAAAUCGAAGCACACCGUUCGAGGGGCCAAAGCACUUGCCAGUCUAAUGAUCGAAGAAUUCAGCAAGAUCAAACGUGAACUCUGCAAAGACGAUGAGGAUGUUUCGGACAAUGAGCAGGAUAAGUCGACAACGGCGAAAACUUCACGGGGUCGACCUUCGUCUGCCGCUAAGAAAACCGGUCGAAAACGGACUCACACCGAGUCGGAUGCGGCUGAGGAGGACGAACUGAAAUCGAAACAGCCGGCGGCUAAGCAAGCAAAGAAAAGCAACCAGAAGGAACUGUCAGCCACUCCUGAACCGGUCAAAGAAAGCCCCGAAGAAUAUUUGUGUUGCUGCUUGGCUCGAUGGUCCGAUCGGAAGUACUACGCUGGAAAAGUCACCGCUUACAAGGGUGAUAACAAGUAUAUGAUUCGGUUCGAAGAUGGAGCCUCGAAAGCUCUCUCCAAGGAUGUGAUUGUUAUCGGCGACAAAGACACGUUGCCCAUCCGUGAUCAUUCGGUACAUGCCCUAACCGGUGGAGACACAUACGAGCCCGGUUUCGUAACGGACAUCAAACGGAACGAGCACAAUGAGGUUGUCUACGUGGUCGCCCUGGGGGAUAAGACGGUCGAAGUGACCGCUUCCGAUAUGUAUUUGAACGAAGAGCAAGCCAGAGCGAUCAACAAAGCAUGCAAAGCCGUCGAGCUGCCGGAGGAGCUGCUGCCGCAGUCGCCCCAGACUGGUGGCAAACGUGGCGGGAGUGCUUCCAAUACGCCGAUCCUGCGCACCCCAGAAGAAUCAUCCACCGCCAGCGAUAAGGGCUCGCGAUCGACCAGGAGCAAGCGAGGAGGAGCUGCGGACAAACCGCAAACACCAGCCACACCGGAGGCAGGCUACUCCGGCGGGGUAGGCAAGAAGGGAGGACGCCGCGGUCGAAGGCUUUCGUAAACGGUCUUUCUACGCGAUUCUCGAGUCCGGCAAAAAAACCAUCAAUAUGCAGAUAUAUAAAAAAAACAAACAAUUUAUAGUCAAUAGCAGCAACAAACUAAUAACUUUUAGCUAUAUUUCAAUCAUAAUCCAGAGAUGAAAGGAAAGUGCUAACACAGUCUGUAGAGAGCGUGGCUAGUAAAAGUAAGGUUCCGUAAAAUAUUUUAGCCAGCCACCGUUGUAGCGGUCGCAGAACCUGCUUCUGUGCAUUCUCGUACAUUAGAAGAGCGCAUUGUGUUGAAAAUGGCACGCCAAACCUAACUAAAUUUUAGAACCAUAAACGGAGCCGAGAGCGUCACUACUCUUAUCAAUGGUUGGCGGCGAUCACUUUCCUCGAACAAUAUCAAAAAAAAACUGAUUUUGACACGCAGGACUGGACGGACGUGAACGAUCCUAGAGUGACGUGUUCUAGCUAAACUUGCAUUUCAAAGUGUAGAGACUGUACGCGCAUUUAGAGAAAAUCUUUCCUCUGGCAAAAGUAAAUGUUUAGCUUUUUUUUGUUUUUCAAAACGUGCUCACCAACCACCAUGAGGAAAGUAGAGCUAAUUUGGUCAGAUUUUUUGGCAUUCCUACAAAACAACAGUGCAGAACAAAACGAACCAGACUUAAACAUAUUGAAUCACUGCUAAAUCAUUAGUUAGGUUUUAGGUUUAACCUGUACGAUUACUUUUCUUUUUGCUGAUAGAAGUUUAGCAUGCUGACAGCUGUUCUAUAUGGCAGGGCAAAACUAACCGACGUCUAUUUUACUGAUUUUUGUACCAUCGACGACGAUAGUUCUACAGGUAACGAAACUUAGAUUUUAGAAAUCUAUAAAAAUGUGACAUAAAUACACUCUGCUAGUGAGCGCGUGCCGGGAUAAAUACUGAUAGUUACUUGGUCCAAAAAUCCAAUAUGUCAGCGUCCUGUUUUGCUUCUUGUAUCAGUGUGUGUGUGUGGGUGUGGGUGUGUGUGAAAACAGAGCGAUCGGGACAGAAAGAGAGCGAGAGGCUAGUUCGAACAAGCAACUAAAACAAUGCAGGUGUGCAGAAAUUCCGUAAUUUAUUCAUUCAUGAAUGUUCCAGAGCAAAAUAACGAUUUGCCGCUAAUCCAUUCGCAGAGAUAUUGUAAUCAAAAUUGAGCAAAGAGGAAAAAAAGAAAGCGAACACUGGCAUAUUUGUUUUAAACAAUUGGCACUCUAUAUCGACAGAACUUAAAUAUAGUCGCAAACUUUAGUGGUCAUUGAGUUCAUGACCGUUAAGAAGCCACACAUAACGUUAGAAGGAUGAUAAAAAAAACAAUCUCAUACAUCUGCUAUAUCGGUAUUAUUUAAUGGAAACUACAGUAGAAUCAGAGUAAACAAAAAGCGAACGCUAAUAAAACUGAAGCACGCCCAAUCAUGUGCGUGGCAAGGAAAAGAAUAUUCUGGAAAUAGUAAUUUUAAAAAUUAAAGAACACAAAUA